AUUUUUAGAUAGCCUCUCUUGGAAACAGAAGUUCUUGUGUCUCCGCCAUUUGCAAUCUGCGAAAGAAGGUCUCAUUUUUAGAGAAAUUUCAAGACAUAAACAUGAGGCACCCAAGAGGAGGCAUGGUUGGUAGAGGGGGGUUCAGAAGUGGUCCAUAUGGCCCACCUCCCCCAGUCAUGGGAAUUCCCCCUCCAAGACAGCAGCAAGCACAUCAAAGGAAGUUUGUUGUGACACAUCAAACUUUUGACCAUGUCCAUGCCGAAAGCUUUUUCCCACGGGUUGCUGAAAAUACUGAUGACUCAUCUCUGACUCAGGCCUUGCUGAAACGAAACCAAGCUCUCACACCAUCUGUUGUAGAACAGACUGCAGUUCAGAAUCUUCAUGGGAAACUGGAAAUGGUUAUCGAGAGUUUGAUCUUGUCUUCUGAUGGCCUCAAUGUGGCUCUUGAAGAAAUGAGGACUGUUGGAUCAUUCAAAAAGGGAACAAUGUUGACUGGGCACCCUGUGGCUGAUGCUGUUGUGAUUCUCAAAACUAUUCCCACAGCUGAAGAUAUCGAGCAACUGGCAAUGAAAGUAAAAGAAAAAUUGGUCAGCCAGGAUAAAUCUGAAGAGUUUCCUGUCCAAGCAAACGAAGGAGGUUUCAAUGUCAGUAACAGCGAAGGAGCAUUGAUUCGAUGCCUUGUUACUACGCAACCGAAGAAUUUAUUGCGAACAGACCCCGAAAAGCAUGUUGAUGUUAAACUUCUUGAGGGUGCACUGGCAACAAUUCGACACGCAAGAUGGUUUGAAGAAAACGCUUUCCACACCACGGUUCGCGUUUUGGUGCGAAUUUUGAAGGACCUGCGGAGGCGAUUUGAUGGGUUUUCAGGACUGACCCCAUGGCUAAUUGAUUUGCUGUCCCACAGGGCUACAAUGUCUAAAAACUCAAGAGAACCACUUGCAAUCAACUUGGCUUUCCGGCGAGUUCUUCAGCUCCUUUCCAGCGGCAUUUUCCUCCCUGGCUCCGUUGGCAUCAUUGAUCCUUGCGAGACUGGACAAGUGCGUGCUCAUAGUGUUCUAUCACUAGAAGAGCAGGAUGGCAUCUGUCUCACCGCUCAAACGAUGCUGCGAUGUCUCUCUCAUGGAGCUGAAAACGAAAUCCUUGGACUUAAUGAACAAGGCUCUCUCGCGUUGGACAACGAUACAACAUCGUGGGGAGGAACUAUAGUUACCCCCGGUUUGCCAGCCUACAACAAAGAGGAACACAAGAAGCAAGAGAUGGCGGGUGAAGGACAAGAUGACGAACAGAAAGAUGGAGACGGGGGUGAGGCUGCUGAGGAAGGAGAAGAAGUGGUUGAUGAUAAAAUGGAGACAUGAAAAGGACUCAUGUUAUUGGCAAAAAGGUUGCGGACAGCUCUGGUAAAGAAGACCACGAAGGACCACUGCGAGGUAGCGUCACGUGAUGUUCCUUAGAAGCAUCGAAGCUACCCAAGAAACUUUGCAAGGACAAAAUAUUAGGGUUUUGUUAUUUAACGAGUAGACUUUUAAUAGUACAGUGUAGAGACUUUAAUGUUGGUUAUAAAAGAGGUAUUCAAGCGAAAAUCCAAAAUCCUUUUACUUAAUUUUCGUCGUUGAUGUUAUUUUUCUGUUUCCUGUUAUAAUCGGGUUUUUCUUGAAUGUCUUUGCAACCGUAAGGGGAUAUGAAAAUGAAAAUCUUUCACUCGGUUUUCGUCAUUUUGGUCACAUUUCUUGAUUGCCUUUAUCGACUGCCAUUUUUGAAAUAUUCUGGGUUGUGUUGUCUGUUAUUGUCGUUGAAUUUUCGCCGAUUUGCUUGAUUUUGUGGACAAUCCUUUUUUAUUAUCGAUAAUCUUUGCUUUGGCAUCGACAGUCAAAUGAAGUUUCACGAUAAAUAAAGAUUGAGUCCACACAUUUUGACUUGGGUUCGGAUAUAUAUUUUAGCUGACAGCUAUAAAAAAUGCAGCAAGUUUGGGUUUUGGGGGUCUUUUCGGGGGUGUGUGCAAACAAUACGUAGGCCAUGCUUGAAAGAUUCAAAACCGCAUCAGGGACCACAUAGAAUUUGAAAAUCAAAUAAAUAUUUUUUCUGACGAAACUUUGUCCGUUUUGUCAUGGUAAAAAAUAUCCUAAGUGAAUUGCAAUAAACACUCUGCUUGGCAAAAUUUGGCUUAGAUCGAUGCAAAAUGAAAAAUUGCUUUCCAAUUCUUUUAUAAAUGAGCUACACUACCGCGGUAUUAUUGCGCAAAAGUUUUAACAAAUAGUUGAAGUUGCUAAAUAAUCUGUUUUGUUGCUUUGAAGUCAGUCUAGUUGAGCAGAUACUACGGUGACCUUACUGAAACAGCUUCCAAAUAUUUCCAUUAUUAAUAAAAUACAUUUAUAUCAUGGUAUUUGUAGCGAACCUUAGAACUUUCAGUAAAGUCGCUUCUCCCCUAUUUUAGUUUUAAAAAAUAUCUUUCAAAUUUUGAUUUCUUGAAUUUAACGUGUAAGAACCCAUUAUCAAUUAUGUUUUAAUCAAUUUCAUCUUGCAUUUAAUGUAAUGCAUAAUUCAUAAAAAACACACAAAUUUAUUUCAAAACACCCCCUAAGAUUUCUUUUGACUAUAACCCCCACUAUUUUACCAUUCAAACCAUCUUUCCUCUUCCCCGCUUCGUUAUCGCAUUUCCCCCCUUCAUUUCUAAAUCUCCCCCCUCAUAGAAUGGCGCAUGCUCAUUAGAAUAUUUUCCACGGUCAAUUUUUUUCGUCGCCAUUUUGGCAUCAAAGUUGCCAAAACUUGAGCGAGUCUUCGCUUAAAAUAUCCAUAUUUAUUAUUGCUGCCAUUUCGGCUACGGCUUAAAAAUUUCGCCCGUCUCAAGUAAUAUCAUUGAAACCUGGAAGAAGGGAUGCCUGCCCUUUGCUUUUGUUACUAUCGAGUGUUCGCAACAGUGGAUUGGUGUUCCUGAUGUUCGUUUUGAACAAAUUGCUUCCCCUGUAACUAACAUUGAACCAGGAGGAACUGGGACAGACAAAGUCCCUCAUCACUUUCUUCAAAAAUUCAGAGAACCUCUGGUUGAUUCCAUAUGCUUUGAGUUCAUCUUCCAAGAUGGUCAGUAUCUAAUUGACCAGUGGGAAGGAGCCCAAAUUAGAAAUGAGCUAUAUAUAGCAGUUCCAAAUGACUUCCUGUCUGUUGGAAUUAAAGAGGGCUUUGUGUCCCUCUUGGAUUAUGCUGAAGAGUCUCUCAAGGUGACUUCAGUAAUAUUGUGCAUACCAAAGACCAUUAAAGAUCGAGAAAUGGUCCUCAGAGCAUUCCGAGCAUUGGGACUCCAGUUGCUCAACCCUGCCCAAGUGACAACCCUAACAGAAAAGGAUGAUGUCAUUUUUAUGAUGUACGAGAUCAACUGAACAAGUUUGAUGGCCAAUCUGGAAAAUAUUCUUAUAACCUUUUUAUAAAAUUGGGAAAACAUUAAGGCUUGGAAAUCUCGCAACAUUUUCACUUUACGAAAAUUACCUGGCAUAGAUUUAGAACUUUUUUGAGAUAAGGAGUUUCGAGACGUGGAUUAGUUCACUAUUGCUUGAGUGUCCAUAGAAGCUACUGAUUCAUCAAGGUUUGGAUAAACAGCAUUUAUUAAAUGUAUUUUCAUUAACUCUAAUCUUUGGCCAUAUACAAAGAAGGGAUUUGUGUGUCUCAUAGCUAACCCAUUUAUAAUUUUGAUUUGUAUGUUAAUUCAUUUCUAAGUUAAUGUUUUAUGUUAUAAAUAUGCCAAUGAAAGAAUCAUUGUA